AAUUAUUAUUAUUAUUUUUCAAAGAGUAUUUCGAACAUUGUGAAUAAUUUGGCCAUUUUGAAACGAUAAUCUUUUUACUGUGAUCAAUCAAACUCAACAACUGCUAGCUGUGCUGGUUCGCGAAAUGCCCACUUGAAACUUGUACUACGUCAAAAAUGGAUCCAAAGUUGGAAGAAGUAUUUAAGAAGUGGGAGGCCCAUAGUUCUGGCCCUUCUCGAGUGGCAAAUAAUGAAGAAUCACAACGUCAGAGAGAAGAAAGGCAGAGAGAAUUCCGUGAUAAUUUGGAAGCACCGUUCCGAAAACCCUCAAGGCACAGGCCAAGGAAGCGAAAAUCGAAGCGAGAGGAUUUCAGUUUCAAGCCACUAACAGAGAUGAAGUUCAGUGUGCCUCCUGCAGUGAUUCCUUCUAUUUACAAAAGAAAGCGGCCAUUUAUGGGAGAAGCUUGUAACAGAUGUUGCCAAGAGAGUAAGACACUCUAUGAGGAAGGCAAACCUUCAUGGGGUAUGCACAAUAUUCUUAGCAUGGAGCUUUUUAGAAAACAGAAUUUCUUGAAAAGAAGUUUCUGCCAUAUAGCUUAUGUGUGGAAUUGUGACAUCAGUCAUCAAUAUCCUGAUGUGAAGCAGGAUGUUUUACAGUCAGCCAGAGUAAAGACCCGCAUUCUUUCUCCUGCUAUGCAAGAGCGUCCAUCAUCAGGUCAGGAUAUCAAAACUUCAGAAAAAGAGAGACACAAGAGAAUCAGUAGUGUUGAAGAAAAUGCAGUUAACAUCCUGAAUGGGAUGGCUGCAGUUGUCUACCAGAAGUUUGUGAGAUUCACCACUUGGUUUCUUUUCAAACUGUUGAGAAGAAUGUUAUUUAGUAUACAGAUUCACAAAAGGCAAAUUGACAUCUUGAAAGAAGCUUCUCAGGAUGACAAACCUCUUGUGUUCCUACCACUUCAUAAAAGCCACAUGGAUUAUAUCCUGCUGACUUUUGUGCUUGUUACAUGUGAUAUUAAGGUUCCUCAUGUGGCAGCAGGAGAUAACUUGAGCAUACCAUUUUUUGGGUGGAUUUUAAGACACUUGGGUGGAUUCUUUAUCAAGCGUAAACUAGAUCAUUCCUCUGGGAAAGAUGAGUUGUACAAGUGUAUCCUUCAAGAGUAUGUGGAACAGCUCCUUCAGAAUGGACAAUACCUUGUAUUUUAUAUAGAGGGUAGUAGAUCAAGAAGUGGAAAAGCCAUGGUUCCAAAGUCUGGUCUUCUCUCUCUGGUCGUUAAUUCAGUCACAGAAGGUGUAGUGCCAGAUGUGAACAUUGUUCCAGUGAACAUCUCUUAUGACAAGGUUGUGGAUUCAGGUUAUACAAGGGAACUUCUAGGUGAAGUUAAGAGACCAGAGUCAUUCUGGAGCACAAUGAAAAGCAUCUGGCGCGUCAUCAGAACAAGAUAUGGCAACGUCAGGCUCGACUUUGGCCAGCCAUUUUCUCUGCAGGAAUUUUCCCGAGCCAUGGACCAAUCUCAGCCAAUGCAGGAAUUUGCAGCCAAAUCGUUACUCAGAGCAUCCGAUAUCUCGUCGCCAAAGUCUUCUCUUGUGCGGAACUACUCUGAGGUCUCGUUAAGUGAGAUCGGUGAUGAUAAGUGUUUCACCCUCACUAAGGCUCUUGGAUAUCACUCCAUUCAUGAUUCCGCGAAUUGUAGUGCAGUUAUGAGUACCAACAUGGUCGCCUUUCUUCUCAUGAACAAUCAUAGGAAGGGUGCUACAUUUCAAGAACUGUGUGCGUCCUUUGACAGGCUGUACAGGGAAAUAACCUCACGAGGAAGAGAUGUUGGCUUUUCGGGAAAGACUGCAGCCGUUGUCCGUCAUGCAUUGCGACUUUUGGAAGAUGACGUCACAGUAACGGAAUCGCGGACAGGUCCUCAGAAGGAUACAGUGCGGGUUCAAGUUCAACCCAAGGGUGGUUUACCUCACAUUCUGAAUCUGGCAUUUUACAGCAAUCAGGUUGUUUCAUUAUUUUCCCUAGACGCUGUCCUUGCUUGUGCAAUUUUCGCCGCUGCAGAGGAUAGUGAAUCUUUUGAUACAGACGACAUCGAAGGCCAGAAAAUAAUUACUCAGUCGUCGAUAGUCGAGAAGGCGAAAAAUUUGUGCGAUGUUCUUCAGAGAGAGUUCAAUUUAGUUCCGCCAUGUGAGAACCUAGAGUCUGCUCUGACAGAGGGACUGGACAAAUUCACGUCUAGUGAGACCCUACAGAUCAUAGCAGAGAGCGACCCCGUUAGUUCUCGAGGCAGUCAAUGGGGAUGGGAUGACGACGAUGAGUACACAGGAGAAUUUGACGUCACGGAGAUCGAGUACAAGUUAACCAAUGCAGAAGAGCUGCUAAACAAGCUUCAGUUUCUAAAGUCAGUGGUUGCUCCCCUGAUAGAAUCUUACUGGGUAGCAGCUUGUGGUUUACUUUGGCUCAGAAACCAGAGGUUCUCAGAUACAGAGUUUCUGACUGCUCUUCAUUCCUGUGCGAAAGAACGGGUCCAUAAGGGAGUAGCAAUGUUUCCCGAGAGUUGUUCACUGGAACCUUUCCGCAAUGCCGUGCGCAUCUUUAAGGAGUGGAAAGUGAUUCAAUUCAACGCCGAGAGUGGGAUAACGCUCUGCGACGCUUACAACAAUGGAGAUGCCCUUUUUGAUGUGAUUGAGAGCAUAAAUCAGUUUAAACUUUAACUGCAACAGUAACUUCAAAAUUCUUGUAAAAGAACUUGAAUAAAUUUCUUAUGCCAGCUUCAA